UCCAUAGCUCAGAGGAGGGAAAAGAGAAAAAAGAAAGGCGUUGCAGACAUUACGACCAUGUCCGGCAGAAGUAGCGCGAUCACGGAUGAAGAGAUCAAUGAGCUCGUCUCCAAGCUCCAGUCUCUGCUCCCGGAGUCGCGCCGGCGCAGGAGUGCAGGCAGAGCGUCUGCGUCGAAGCUGCUGAAGGAGACAUGCAGCUACAUCAAGAGCUUGCACCGGGAGGUGGAAGACCUGAGCGACCGCCUCUCCGACCUAAUGGCGACAAUGGACAGCAACAGCCCUCAGGCUGAGAUCAUUCGGAGCCUGCUCAGGCCCUAGAGAGAGUUUUAUAUUGCUGUUGUCCUCUCUCUCUCUCUCUCUCUCUCUCUCUCUCUCUAAUACUACAUCAGGAAGCAUGGUCAGUAGAUCUGAGGGUUAUCUAAGGUGCUCAAGAGUAUAUAAUAAAGGUGUAAACUAGUUUAACUAUGCUUGAUGAUUUUGCUGCUGUUUAA